AUGCGAUUGACCGUCGAGCUCAUCCAAAAUUCCCUGUCGUACAUCAACCCGCUCAAGGAUCGCGAAUUAGAUCUCCGAGGGCACAAAAUACCCGCGAUUGAGAACUUGGGUAUUGCCAAGGAUCAAGAUGCAAUCGACUUCACAGAUAACGAUAUCUCCACCCUUGGGAACUUCCCUUUCUUUCCCCGCCUCCACACCCUUCUCCUCGCCCGGAAUCGAGUCAAGCACAUCCAGCCCUCGCUAGCAACUUCCGUGCCCAACUUGGCCAAUCUUGUAUUAACAUCGAACCAUAUGACCGAACUCGCCGACUUGGAUCCGCUGCGCAACCUGACGAAGUUGACCCAUUUGGUGUUGUUGGAGAACCCUAUUACCCGGAAAGAGCACUACCGGUAUUGGGUCAUCUGGAGGAUCCCUAGCGUGCGCUUCCUGGACUACCAGAAGGUAAAGGACGCUGAGCGUGAGAAGGCUCAGGAACUCUUCGGAACCGCCGAGGAACCAUCGGCACUAGCCUCCAAGAUCAUGGGCAUCAAGUCCCGCACAUUCGACGUCCCAUCCGAAAGCCUAGCAGACAGGGCACCCGCCGACAAGGCCGUCAGAGUCCAGCUGACCGAGGCCGAGAGAAAACGCGUCGAGAAGAUGAUCCGCGAAGCAAGGAGCUUACAAGAGAUCGCGAGACUGGAAAAGGAAUUGAACGAAGGUCGGAUACCGGGAGGCGCGCUCGAUGCGGCCGAGGACCCGGAUCAAAUGCAGACGUAA